ACUUUACUUAUGCGAUGAUUGUAAUAGCUUGUCUUUUUGCUAUUAUUCAUGGAGUGAUGUUGACUAAUACAAAAAAAAGAUCUUACAAAAGAUGACUUCUCAACAAUCAGCCUCGACAUGAAACGCACCGCAAAACCUGAUCAACGAAAUGUAACUUUGAAGACACAAAUUGCAUCUAUAAAAGCACAUAUAGCUACACUUCAAACAUAUCACAAAAAACUUGGCGCACAAAACAAACACCUUCAAACAUUUAAGUUAAAACUCCAAUCCAAAAUGAACAAGACAAAAGGACAAAUAAGUAAACGUAUAACCUUGCGAAAACAAAUAAAGAAGCUCAAAGUUCAAAUGAUUAAGCUUUCUAUACAAAUGAAAACACUCGAAGCACAAUUAGCGAAAACACAAAACAUGUUAAGAACUCUUGAAAAACGAUUGACAACGCUUUCAAAAGAAUAUACCAAACUCACAGUAACAGAACAAAACGGAACAAAAAUUUCAAAUAAAUCAAAGAAAACACAAGGAAAGAACUGUGCAGAUCUUUACAAAAAAGGAGAAAAAAAGAACGGAGUUUAUCAAAUUAAUCCAGAUGGUCAGGGUUACUUUAAGGUUUUCUGUGAUAUGAAAACAUCUGGUGGAGGUUGGACUGUAAUUCAAAGACGUCAAGAUGGAAGUGUAAACUUCUAUCGAGGUUGGAAUGACUAUAAACAAGGUUUUGGUGAUCUGAAAAGCGAAUUCUGGCUUGGAUUGGAUAAAAUAUACCGACUAACAUCAGCAAGGAGAAAUAAACUUCGUGUUGAUCUUGGAGACACGUCAGGAAAUAAAAGAUAUGCUGAAUAUGAUUAUUUUGCUGUAGAGAAUGAAAGUAAAAAAUAUCAAUUGAGACUUGGAAAAUAUUCUGGAACUGCUGGGAACUCAUUAUCCGCCCAUAAAAACAAGUCGUUUACGACAAAAGAUUCAGAUAACGAUACAGAUGUUGUAGGAAACUGUGCUGUACAUGCUAAAGGUGCUUGGUGGUAUUAUAAUUGUUAUGAUUCCAACCUAAAUGGGUAUUAUUAUCAUGGCAACUAUCAACCUUCUGCAUCUUGGUACAAAGGUGUUGUUUGGAAAGAUUGGAAAGGAUAUUCUUAUUCUUUAAAAUUCACUGAAAUGAAAAUGAAACCGUCAGGAAAUUUUUAAGUAAUUGAUGAUUUCAUGACGAUGAUGAAUACAUCUGUAGUGAACUUUAUAUAUUUUGUUAUAAAGUUGGUUGUUUAGU